AUGGGAUACAGAUUGACUACGGUCAAGGGGCUCAAACACUUGAAGGCGCCCAAGGAAGAUGGAACAGAGCAAGACCUCGAGGACUUCUUCACGGGCCUGACUGACAAAGCAAUCAUCAUGUGGGCGGACGGAGAUGAUGUGGGCUACAUUCUGGAAGAAAACACAAAGCCUGAGAUAAAGGAGCUUGAUCCACUAACGGCUGCAGAAGAUGCCGACGCCAGAAAGGUCAAAAAGUAUGAUCGGUUGAUGGAUAAGUACGAAGAUCGGAAGGACGCCUUUUGGACUAACACAAUCGCUACGUUUCAGCUAAUCAUGAGAAAUUAUCUGGAGAAGCCGAACGGAACCCCACAGGACGGAUUUCCUAAAGACGUUCCUGGAGUUUUAAAACUUCUAGAAAUUGGAAGCCCAACAAUGUGGCCCGACGCGGUCACGGCAAUAUAUAACAGUGAUGGCGCAAGACAGACCUCAGCAAGAACAGGAGCGAAUAGGAACCCUUUGGUUUCUUUUGCACAGACAGCUGGUGAAACGGAUCAAGUUUGUUGCUUUCAACUCGUUCUACGCUACCAUCACCUGUUGCCUGUGCAAGCACAAGGGGCACUAUCAGAGCCAUUGCCCGCAGCCAAGGACGGUAAUGGGAGCAAAGUUGGAAGCUACUGUCAGUGA